UCAGCAGUAAAUCUAUUCACUUCUGUCGCUGUUAAAACAAAUGUUAUGUCGCAAUACCAUCCUCUGUUAGCACCCAAAAUCACCGCUACGAGUGCUGCGACGUGUUCUCUUUCUGAGAAAAUCUUCACCCUAUUUUGUACUAAGCGCAGAGAGUUCGGGAUUAAUGACAAACGAAAAUGACUGUGCGCGCGAAACGAAACUGACACGCACGCACGUCUUCUAGAUUUCGUCGUCGUGAACUAAAAUCAACUGCUUUAUUUUCAGGCGCAGUCCACAGAAGAAAACUGACGGUGUUUUUAACGAAUUUGCGCGAGUGUCGACAGCAUGGAUGCCAAGGGAGACACUAUCAACUUGGAUUUAAGCCAACUUACUGGCGAGAUUGUUGCUGUAGUCGAUGAGGACCAGAAAAGCAAGCCAGGCCUGUUGCCAACCAGUCCUGCUGCGGCAAAGGAAUGGCUCUCGCAGAAGAAGCAGACCAUUCGUCCAUGGAAGCAGUUCAUCAACUUUAACCGAUUUAGGGCGCCCAAAAACAUUGCCGAUGCAUCCGCCAGAGUUGUCCGGAAUGUUGAACACUUUCAGAGCAACUACCUCUUUGUCUUCAUUGGCCUCAUCUUGUACUGCAUACUGACCUCUCCUCUCUUGCUGAUUGCCAUAGUGGCUGGUAUGGGAGGUGCAUACAUCAUUCGACUGAAGAGUGCUGAAGGCAAAAUCAAACUGUUCAAUAAAGAGCUCAGUGUGAUCCAGCAGUACUGUAUACUGGGCAUGCUGUGCUUUCCGAUAUUCUAUGUGGCUGGAGCUGGAUCAGCUGUCUUCUGGGUUCUUGGUGCAUCCUUCUUCACGAUCAUGCUGCAUGCAACAACGUAUGCCAUCGAAGCAUCACCUCCAGAGGAAAGCUUUGAAUUGCAGUUGCAGACAGUGUAAAAAUGCCAAAGUGAGAAAGAAAAGGCAGGUUCGAAACAUGUGUGUCUGGUUUGGCUGCAUUGACACAGUGGACCAUGGCUGGAGAAUGCAUGGAGCUCCACGCUUGACCCAGACCUGAAUGUUCAGGGAAAACCUUCGCAACAUUUUGUUUCCUUUAGUAGUUGCAGAAUUAGGAAUCUCCCUCAUUGUAUGAAGGGCUGUGGAGACAAAAAUUCAAGCUCUUUAUAUUUGCUUGAUAUUGCCAAGAUUAAAUCUGUCAGGGGCUGUGUAACUCUUUGCGAUUUGUUAGUUUCGUUUUAUGCUUGUUGUUACUGCCCGUUUAUAAUGGCUCAAAGAUUUAUUCAAUAAAUUGUUUUUGUUGCAAAAAUAAA